GACAUUUCUUUGUUUUUGCAGAUGGUGUCUCACAUUUUCCAGAAGGCUAAAGCUGCCUAUGGUCAGCAAAGGGAGCUGAGGGCCAGAGGCAAAGGUGUCAAGUCUCAAACCUCCACACUGGUGUCCAAAUUCCAGCAGUCAUUGCAGGACCUUACCACCAAGCUGAGAAGGAGCCAUGCCUUCUUCAUUCGCUGCAUCACCCCUAAUGCCAAAAAGCUGUCAAAUAUCUUUGAUGUGGAUUAUGUCACUUGUCAGCUGCGGCAUUCUGGGAUACUGGAGGCCAUCCACAUUAGAAAGGAGGGAUACCCAGUCCGCCUUCCAUUCCAGAACUUCCUAGCCAGGUAUGGCCUCCUGGUUGGGCGAGGGCACAACUGCUUGGAGGAAAGAGAAGGCUGCGCAGCAGUGCUGUCUCGUGUGGUCGGGAACCCCUCAGAUCUCUAUCAGAUUGGAGUAACAAAGGUCUUUCUGAAGGAGAAGGCCAGGCAGCUUCUGGAGAGACGAUGGAACCAGAGGCAGAGUUGGGCCAUUGUAACUCUGCAAAGGAACUUCCGAUGCCUCCUUCGCCGCAGACGCCUCCGUGUCCUCCAGGAGAAAGUCAUAAUCAUUCAGUCUCACUUCCGAGGUUACCAGGCAAGGAAGCGUUACAGGAGGCUGAAGAAGACUUUGGUGCAAUUUAACACCAUGAUUUUGAUCUCUAGAUCUUUGAUUCAAAGGCGAAAGCACUGCCAGAAGGAAUUAGAGGAAAGGAAACAAAGAAGAAGUUCUCUGGCCAGUGGUGGCACAGAGAACAGUCCCAGCCAAGGAAUGGAUGUGGGGCUGCUGGAGAUCCCUGCAGAGCUCGCUGCCCUCCUGCACUUCGCUGAAGGUCAGCACCGAGCACAGGCCCACCAGAUAACUGAGGCGUUGCCUCCAGAAGUCAAGGUCAAAGAUGACCUUUCCCUCCCGCCCACCAUCAACAGCUAUCCUUUCUCCUCCUUCAUUAAAUCACACUUCCAGAGGACAGAUUUCCCUGCCCCUGGUCAGCCUCUGCAGCACUCCUUAACCCAUCUGGAUGCUGAAGACCAGGAGAGUGCGCUUGAGAUCAACAAACUGAUCUUACGGUUCAUUGGUGACAAGAAUCUCCGUGGCUGGCAGGAGAUACUUCUGGGCAAUUACAUUGCUGGGAGAGGUUUGAAUAAUGUUGCUCUGCGCAAUGAAAUCUUCAGUCAGGUGGUUGCCCAGACCUGGAAGAACCCAGACAUGGAGCACAGCCAGCGAGCUUGGGUCCUGAUGGCAACUUUGCUGAGCUGCUUUGCCCCUUCACCAGCACUGGAGAAGCCAUUGCUGAAAUUCGUGUCAGAUCAUGGCCUGGAGGGCUACAAUGCUGUUUGCCAGCGCAAGAUCUUGACAGCAGCACAGCACACAGAAGUAGAUGCUACGUUGUCUCGGGUCUACCCUCCAACUCAGCUGGAGUGGACUGCAAACCAGAGGAGAGGGAGGAUGGUGCUGGACGUUCAUACCUUUAACGAGGAGAAGUUCUCAGCUGAGGUGGAGUCCUGGAUGACCGGGGAGCAGUACGCAGGCUGGAUCCUGAGUGCAAGUGGCUGUGAUAAGAAGUCUCGAGGAUGGUCUAUCUCCAUGUUUACUGGCAACACAUGGCAAGACCUGCUGGGCUGUGACUUUGUGCUGGACCUCAUUGGAGAGAUGGAGGAGUUCAGCAACCUCAGCAGCCCCUCCUCAGCUGAGUACCCUAUCACUCCUGUAACGGACAGAAGCUUCCUCCAGGGCUCCGACCUGGAUUCGAUCCCUCCUGCUCCAGGCAUCCGGGCCCCUACCUUCCCACCGCCGAGCCUGCCUCCAGAAUUUGGCAAUCACUAUCCAGAUCCAAGAUUCAGAGAUGACUCGAGGACUCCUGUAGGCUUGGAUCACUAUGUGGAUGAUCUUUUCAGCCCUGUGCUGCAUCAAAGCUCAAGAGCAUCAGAUAUGGAGAGCAGGGAGAGUCUGACUGGACGCAUGAAAGGAGGUGGGAAGAUUGGACCCACACAGAGAGGAAUCUUUCCUUCCACAGGCUUCUCUGGAAUGACUCAAGUGCCAGUUUACCAGCCCAUGCCUUCCAUGAUGGGGAUGCCUAUGAUGCCAGCAGCUGGCGGGGUUGCACCUAUGCCAGCCAUGGUCAUGCCGCAGCCUGUGGUUCCAGCUGUAGAUGCCAGUCAGUUAGCAGCACAACAGCAAGCCUUUAUCAACCAGCAAGCCAUGCUCAUGGCACAGCAGAUGACUCUUCAAGCCAUGAGCAUUUCCCAGCAACAGCAGCAGCAACAGCAGCAGCAACAACAGCGGUGGCAACCACCUCUCACGAGCUCAAAGCCAAGAGUCUCAAGUCCACCACGAGCCCAAGCCCCAGCUCCAGCCUCAGCCCCGGUCCCAGCCACUUUCCCAAAACCCAAGAAGCCUCCCAGCAGCCAGAAUGCUGCACCACCACCACCAAAGGCUCCAGAACCACCCGCCAAGGCAGAAGAAUCGGUUUAUGACUACACGGAAGAUGAGUACGAGUACUCCAACAGUGAAGAUGAUGACUAUCCUCGGGAAACUUUCCAGCAGAAGAGAGAAUAUUUUCAAAAGAUGGGAGAGCAAGAGAUCCGAGUAAAGAAAGUCAGGCCUCCUUCCAAGACCUGGACGCCUCCAGCAAAUCCUGAGCCAAAGCAGGAGGAGAAGAAGGAAGAGGAGCAGGAGAAGAAGGAAGAGGAGCAGGAGAAGAGGGAAGAAGAGAAGCCCAGCCCUAAAGCAGAAGCAGCUCCUGCUGCCCCUUUGCCACCUCCUGCGCCAAACACAAAAAAGCAGAGGCCAAAAGCGAAGAAGGAGCCACCUGUAGUGAAGCCUUCAGGCCCUGAGUCGCGACCUGCACCCAGCCGGGAGAUCCGGAACAUCAUCAAAAUGUACCAGAGCAGGCCAGCCCCUGAGCCCCAGCCUAUCGAGCCCAUCAGGAGAGUGCCCAAGCCAUUUAUAAAGAAGAAUGACCCCAAAAAUGAGGCUCUGGCCAAGCUGGGAAUGAUGAACCUCCCAUCUCCCAAAUCACCAUCCCCGAUGCCACAAGAGAAGAAAACACCUCCACCUCUCAAGCCCAAGCCGGGCACAUCUUCCAGCUCUAUCAAGGAGAAGCAGUUGCCUCUCCUGUCAGUCUUCAGCGGGGAGAGUACCCCACCAGGUGCCCAGGCCCCUCCUUCUCCCCCUCCUGCCCCACCACUGCCUUCGCCUCCCCCGCCUGGGAACCAAGGCUCUCAGGACUCCACAGGGAAGGACUCUACUGUAACAGUAGCAGAUGAUGAUGGUAUCAAGACCCAGUUGUACAAGCUUGCUACCAGUGUCAGCUUUUCCUAUGACAACCCUGCCUGGAAAAUCUUUCUGCGUAAAGAGGUGUUUUACCCUAAAGAAAAUUUCAGUCACCCUUACUGUCUGAACUUGCUGUGCCAACAGAUCCUGCGUGACACCUUCUCCGAUUCCUGUCUUCGGAUCUCCAGGGAGGAGAAGCGCAAGAUGAAAGACCUGCUGAUGGAGUUCCGAGUUGGCAAUGAUGUCCAGUCCAUUCAGGAGGAUGGGAUAAAGAAGAGGAUUGUAUUGGCUGCUCGGGAUAACUGGGCUAACUAUUUCUCCCGCCUUUUCCCAGUUCACGGUGAAAAUGGAAGUGAUGUCCAGAUCCUGGGUGUUUCUCACCGGGGCAUGCGGCUGCUGAAGGUCGUGAAAGCAGCUGGCUAUAAUCCUGAGCACCUGAAGAUUCUUCACAGCUACAGCUUUGCAGAUGUGCUGUCAGUGGAACUGAAGGGCAGCAAUGGCCUGGAGUUCUCUCUGAAGACAGAGCAGCUCUUCCUGCACUCUCCGAAGGCUCCGUGCAUCAAGGCCAUGGUGGAACUCUUCAUCCAGGAGCUGAGGCAGGACACCAACUACGUUGUUGCUCUGCGCAGCUACAUCACGGAUGACAAGAGCCUUCUUAGCUUCAAGAAGGGUGAUCUCAUUGAGUUACUGCCUAUGCAAGGCGUGGAGCCAGGCUGGCAGUUCGGCUCCACUGGUGGCCGCUGUGGUAUCUUCCCCACCAGCCUGGUGCAACUGGCUGCAGCCCCUGAUUACCUCAGCACCAGCAUGGACAGAUGUGGAGAGCUGCGGAAGGGCGUGAAAGCUUCCUCAGAGAGCAGGGACAACAGCAAAGAGAGUUCUGUUCCCAGCCUGACAUCAGAACCCAGCAGCACCAUGUUAGUCCCUGCCGGUGAUCACUACACCAUGAUGGACUUUGCCGCAGCCUACUUCCGAGAGGCUCGCUCCCUGCAGGGACUGAAGGGAACACCUGCUGAGAAGAAAAGUGCAGCUGAGCUGGUCCAACACACCAAGGUCCCACUCCAGGAGUCUUUGCUCCGGUACUCUGACAGUGAGCUGAAUGAGCUUGCUACGAAGAACUUCAAGACUCUGAUGCGGUUCAUGGGAGAUCAACCAAAGCUCAAGAACCAGAAUGAUGUUGAAUGCAUCUAUGAAAUCCUUCAGCUUUGCAAGGAGAAGGAGAGUCUGCAUGAUGAAGUGUACUGCCAGGUCAUCAAACAGGUCACCCACAACCCUAACCAGGAGAGCGUGCUGCGCGGCUGGUUGCUCCUAAACCUGCUAACUGGAUACUUCCUCCCCUCCAACAUCCUAAUGCCCUAUGCCACCAAGUUUCUGCAGCUAGCCAGCAGUGAUCCAUCCAGCACCCACCAUGAUAUUGCCAAGAUCUGCCAGAGCAACCUGCGGAAAAAUUUCAUGUACGGAGGCCGUCGCCACCUUCCCUUCCCUGUGGAGAUAGAGGCACUGCUGAAGGGGCGUGGUGCCCGCCGGCUAGUCAUACUGAUGCCCGGAGACGUGGAAUACCUCUCCAGAAUCAAGACAUUCACUGUGGCCAAGGAGCUCUUGCAGGAGAUCUGUGAACAGAUGGGAGCAGGUGAACAGGAAGAGAUACAGGAAUUUGUUCUUCUUGCCAUCAGGAGUGAGAGCAAUAAUCUUGAUAAAAUGGAGAGGCCAAUACGAUCGGUGGAGUAUAUUCACGAUUACCUGCUGGAGGACAAGUUGGUCACUGUGACUUUACGCAGGCUCAUCUGGAGGAUACCUCUGCACUUUGAGAACAAAUUUUAUACUGAUGUCCAUUAUGGACAGAUUCUGUGGGAUUACCUGAAUGGGAAGAUACUAUUGAUCCGUAGUAAAGAAAUGGAGAUGCAGGUGUGCACUUUGGCAUUGCUCCAGCACUGGGCCAAAUCAGAGCAGCAGAACUCUGCUCCCUCCAGGGAGGAGCUGAAGGAGUACACACCAAAGCCCCUGCAGUCCUUCAUCAGUCCCCAGGCUGUGCAGAGCCAGGUCAGCGUGCUGCUGAGAACCAGGCAGCGCCUCCAGCCAGUGGAUGCAAAAAUCCAGUUCAUAGAGCAUGCGAUGAAAUUGCCUUUCUUUGGCUACACCACCUACUUAGUAGAGAGAAUCAGUGACAACACAAUCUCUGUACCCUGCUUCUUUGGCGUGAAUAAAGACGAUAUCAUCGUGGUGGAUGGCACCACCCAGGCAAUCUCUUGUGUCAUUCCACUGAAUGAGCUGCAGAGGAUGCGAACCCUGCGACCAAGCUCUGACGGUGGGCUGCCCGGCAUAGAACUGAACUACGGCUCGGCUGCCAGCCCCAAGACUAUGUGGCUUGAACUGUCACAGGCUAAAGAAAUGUACCACAUGAUUGUUGUCAUCCUGGAUAAGACAGAGUUGCAUCACUAGAGCCUAAGAGGAAGAGAAAGCCCAAGCAAAUCAGCACUGUUUUCCCUUUGAGCUUGUUCAAUGCUCCCAGCCCUGUCUUCUGAGAAGGACUCUUCCAAAAGACAUCCACGACCUCAGACAGCUGCUUUCUAGGACUGCCACCACAGUGGUUUUUGACAGACUGGACCUUAACCUCACCCCCUGUGACCUGCCAUUCCGUCCCCAAGCACUCUUCCUUGAAGCGACACAUGCACUGGCUAAACAAACCACGACCCCCUUGCCACACCGUUGCUUUUCCACAGCCUGUUCCAACACAGCAGCUGAACCGAUGCAAGAAAUUGCCUCCAAGCUAUGCAGUGUAGGACUGUUCUCUUCUAUUUUGAAUUAAUUAACACGAACAAAAACUGAUGCUGGCUAGAGAUUUGCGUAUCACAACGCAAAGCUGAGGCUAUGAAAUGACUGCACUGGCUGCUGGUGUUUCCCACAGGCCAGCUGUUUGUACUGAUAUGCAAGAGGCCCUGUGGCAGGAUUUGUGAAGCAGGAGCUUGUAGAAAGCAUCUUAAUUGCAAAGCAGAUCAGUGUUAAUAUAAAAUUAACAUAUAUGCUGGGGCACAGAUUGAGCUGCAAUGGUAAGAAAGUUUAUUGUAAUUAAUUGCUUACUGACAUAAUUAUAUGCAUAUGUUUCCCUCUACUAUAAAGAAGUCAGUCAUGCCUGUGCAGCUGUCACACUCAAUGGUGGCUCCAUGCCCGUUGGAGAAAGCGUAUUCAAAUGGAGCUUGUAUCACAGUAGAGCAUCCUGGGUUGUACAAAACUGCUUAACUUAUUUUUAUUGAUACAGCUGUCCUACUGAACUGAAAAGUAACUUCACUUUAGGAGAUUGCAAUAAAAUAAUCACAUAGAGAUAUUUUGAAGCUGACUGACCUGCAGGUAACUGGCAAAGCUUGAGGAAAAGGUUGUCACUGUUGGCUGGGAACAGGACAGACCCGAGGCUGCUCAACGCAAGUGUGGCGCACAGCCACCUUCUUGCUGGUGAGCUGAUGCCAACAGUAGCUACAGCAUCUUCCCUUCAAGUGCUGCUCGCUACGGCCUGUGAGGUCUUACCUGAAGUAUGUUCCAUCUUCCCCUUCAGCUGUGCUACUGCAAGGCUGGGUAAAGAACUGCAGCAAUGUGAA